GGACCUGGCUUGGGAAGUGUAAAAACUCUCCUUUUCUCUCUCGCAGCAUAUCGCACAGAUGAGGGGCAGCCCUGGGUCCUGCCAGUAGUGAAGAAAGUUGAGCAGAAGAUCGCCAGCGAUGCCAGCUUGAACCAUGAAUAUCUGCCGAUCCUUGGCCUGCCUGAGUUCCGGGCCAACGCUUCGAGGAUUGCGCUUGGGGAGGACAGUCGUGCCAUCAAAGAGAAUCGUGUCGGCGGCGUUCAGUGCCUGGGUGGGACUGGCGCUCUGCGCAUCGGAGCAGAGUUCUUGAGGCGCUGGUACAAUGGAACCAACAACACAGCAACCCCUGUCUACAUCUCUUCUCCUUCCUGGGAGAAUCAUAACUCUGUGUUUAUGAAUUCUGGCUUUGAGGACAUCCGGACCUAUCGCUACUGGGAUGCUGCUAAGAGGGGCUUGGACCUGGAGGGGCUCCUGCAGGACAUGGAGGCUGCGCCAGAGUUCUCCAUCAUCGUUCUCCAUGCCUGUGCGCACAAUCCAACUGGCACAGAUCCCAGCCCAGAGCAAUGGAAACAGAUUGCUGCUGUCAUGAAGCGCCGGUUCCUGUUCCCAUUCUUUGACUCGGCCUAUCAGGGCUUUGCCUCCGGCUGCCUGGACAGGGAUGCCUGGGCCGUGCGGUACUUUGUGUCCGAGGGCUUCGAACUCUUCUGUGCUCAGUCCUUCUCCAAGAACUUUGGGCUCUAUAAUGAGCGAGUGGGGAACCUGACGGUGGUGGGGAAGGAUGCUGACAACGUGCAGCGGGUCCUUUCCCAGAUGGAGAAGAUUGUCCGGGCCAUCUGGUCCAACCCUCCCUCGCAAGGAGCACGUGUCGUGGCAACCACCCUCACCUCCCCACAGCUCUUUGCUGAGUGGAAGGACAAUGUGAAGACGAUGGCAGAUCGGGUCUUGCUAAUGCGGUCAGAGCUCAGGGCCCGGCUCCAAGCUCUUGGGACUCCGGGCACCUGGAAUCACAUCACUGAGCAGAUCGGCAUGUUCAGUUUCACAGGGCUGAACCCUAAGCAAGUGGAAUUCCUGAUCAAGGAGAAGCACAUCUACCUGAUGGCCAGUGGACGCAUCAACAUGUGCGGUCUGACCACCAAGAACCUAGACUAUGUGGCCAGCUCCAUCCACGAAGCUGUCACCAGGUUCCAGUGAGGGGGACAGCCCCAAAGCAGUAGUGUGUAGUGUUUGCUGCUCAUACCUCCCCUUCGUUACAUCCAUUCGUGUUUCAUCAGGGUUGGGAACAGUGGCUGUCAGGGAUCUGUCUGCCUGCGUCUCUGAAAGCUCUUACAGGCCAGUGACCUUUUGGGGGCGGUGGCAAAGUGAAGCCAUUAUGGGUCUCUUGCUGACAGCAGCCACGUGCACUGGGACCCAUACGUCUCAAAGCUUCCUAUUUCUGUGCAAUCCAACAAACCAGUAUAACCAAAGCCGUUUGGCCCAGUCAGCUCCUGUGCAGUGCAUUGUGUAGAGCUGCCCAAACACUUGGGCUCCUUUGUCCUGUCGGAGUUGAGGGCAGUGUCAUGUUUCAGGGAGUGAGGCUUUUGCCUCACACAGGUCGAGUGUAACUUGUGAUAACUGCUUCUUUGUGUUGUUGAAAGCAAAUAAACCUCCAUCCCCAAA